UCCGCUUAUUCCAGCAGCAUCGCCGAUAGUCUGCGACUCGCCAUCAUGGAUACUCUAUCAGAAGCAAAUGUCACCUUUGCCUUGGACCUGUUGAAAAAGCUGGGUGAGGACAACUCGAAAAAUGUGUUUUUCUCACCCAUGAGCAUCUCCUCUGCCCUGGCCAUGGUCUUCAUGGGGGCAAAGGGAAACACCGCGGCCCAGAUAGCCCAGGCACUUUCUUUAAGUAAAAGCAGCAGUGGAGGUGAAGAUGUCCACCAGGGUUUCCAGUUGCUUCUCACCGAAGUUAACAGGACUGGUACGAAGUACUUGCUUAGAACUGCCAACAGGCUCUUCGGAGAAAAGUCUUAUGAUUUCAACUCAUCUUUCAAAGAUUUCUGCCGCAAAUUCUACCAAGCAGAGAUGGAAGAGCUUGACUUUUUCAAAGCUACAGAGGAGGCCAGAAAACACAUAAACACCUGGGUGGCUAACAAGACAGAAGGUAAAAUUACUGAGUUGCUGUCUCCAAAUUCAGUGAGUCCACAGACUCCUCUUGUUCUGGUGAAUGCCAUCUACUUCAAGGGAAACUGGGAUAAACAGUUUAACAAACAGCAGACCCAUGAAAGACCAUUUAAAGUCAGCAAGGAUGAGAAGAAACCUGUGCAAAUGAUGUUUCAGAAAUCCACCUUUCUUACGACCUACAUAGGAGAAGCAUUCUCCAAACUCCUGGUGCUUCCUUAUGUCGGCAAAGAGCUCAACAUGAUCAUCAUUCUUCCAGAUGAAGACGUGGAUUUGGAAAAGGUGGAAAAAGCACUUACUUAUGAGAAAUUCAUAGAGUGGACAAAUCCAGACAUGAUGGAUGAAGAGGAGGUGGAAGUGUUCCUCCCUAGAUUUAAGCUGGAGGAGAAUUAUGACAUGAAGGAUGUCCUUUGUUCUCUGGGCAUGACCGAUGCCUUUGAGAUGGGCAAGGCGGACUUUUCUGGAAUGUCGUCGCGGAGAGACCUGUAUCUGUCCAAGGCUGUGCACAAGUCCUUUGUGGAGGUCAACGAGGAGGGCACGGAGGCCGCAGCUGCCACUGCCGCCGUCAUGAUGCUUCGAUGUGCAAGGCUGACGCCCAGGUUCUGUGCUGACCACCCCUUCCUUUUCUUUAUCCAGCACAGCAAAACCAACAGUAUUCUGUUCUGUGGCCGAUUCUCCUCGCCGUAAAGAGAUGGUCAGCACAGCACAGAGCCCUUCUCCUGUCUCCUGCUGCCCCACUUUUCCUCUGACACUUCACAAUGUGCCUGCAAUCCAAAGUGACCUUUGGUAGCAAUCCAAAAAUAAAGGGCCUAAUUUUGAAA